AUGUAUUAAUUGCCUAAGUUAUAUAUUGGCUUAUAUUAAUUUCAUGCCUAUAAAUAGGAGGGUAUAGAAGGUUUAGAUUAGACAAUUCAUUACAUUCUAUAAAAUGGAGAAAGGCUGAAGAAGCUUUAGAAAAGAAAAAAAUGUUAGAAAUUAAAGUGA